GGCAACAAAUGAAAACUGGACCAUAUUCAGACGUUACUCUCUCCUCAGUCUAAAAUAAAAUACCCUUUUUGUUGGAGAUCAACGAGAAAACGAAAAGGAUUGCCAUUUGUUUGUUCAUGGUUGGUGGCCACUAUUGGGCCAUGAAAAUUCCAAGCCGCCAAGUCCAGAAGUCCUUCUUGUGGCCUUGAAAGCUCUUCCAACACCGCCUGAAAUUAUCUCCAAACCAGUCUUGUUCUCCUCAACGGCUGUUUCUUCUCCUAAUUCCUAAAGUCUAACCUCUAACUACUUCUCCCUCUUCCUGUUUCUCUUUGGCCAUUGUUCUUCUUUCUUUUCUUUUUUUCACUCAACUUUCUUGCUGAAAAAAUGCAAGCCCGUUCUCUGCUUCACUGUUCUCAUACUCUUCAAAACCAUAACCAUCCUAGAUUUCUUUCUCGGUCUUUAAUCCCUUUCAAGAAACGACCUCUAUCUUUAGUUUCACCUAACUCACACAGCUCUCUUUUGCAUCCAAUUCCACUCGUUAUUAAACCAAGAAGUAGACUUCUUGCACCAUGCAAUAGCCCUGCCCAUGAAUCCGCCAACAGUUCUGUGACUGAAAAUGAAAGUAGUACUGAUUCAAUUUCAGAAUUUAUAGAAGAAACAGGAAUAGAGGUGAAUAGAGAGGGACUGGAGAAUCAGAGUAUGUGGGAGCAAAUGAAGGAGAUUGUGAUGUUCACAGGACCUGCUACUGGGCUUUGGAUAUGUGGGCCAUUGAUGAGUCUCAUUGACACUGCAGUUAUUGGUCAAGGAAGCUCUAUUGAGCUAGCUGCUUUAGGUCCUGGGACAGUUCUGUGUGAUGGUAUGAGUUAUAUAUUCAUGUUCCUAUCAAUUGCUACUUCGAAUAUGGUUGCCACUUCCCUUGCUAAACAGGACAAAAAUGAAGUGCAGCAUCAACUAUCUAUGUUGCUCUUUAUUGGGUUGACUUGUGGUUCUCUGAUGUUUUUGUUCACAAAGUUCUUUGGCCCAUCAGCACUAAAAGCAUUCGCAGGGUCAAAUAAUUUAGAUAUAAUACCUGCAGCUAACACAUACGUUCAGAUUCGAGGUUUAGCAUGGCCUGCAAUUCUUAUUGGAUGGGUUGCUCAAAGUGCAAGCCUUGGAAUGAAAGAUUCAUGGGGACCAUUAAAAGCAUUGGCAGUUGCUAGUGCUGUAAAUGGCAUUGGUGAUAUAGUCCUGUGCAGAUUUCUUGGAUAUGGUAUCGCCGGCGCAGCAUGGGCUACAAUGGCAUCACAAAUUGUUGCAGCUUUUAUGAUGAUUGAUUCACUGAACAAGAAAGGAUACAAUGCAUAUGCAAUAUCUGUUCCAUCAACUGAUGACCUCAUGAUUGUAUUUAGGCUUGCUGCUCCAGCGUUUAUUAUGAUGAUUUCAAAGGUGGCUUUCUUUUCCCUCAUCGUAUAUUUUGUUACAUCUAUGGACACCCUCACCUUGGCCGCUCAUCAGGUCAUGAUUCAAGCAUUCUUCAUGUGCACAGUUUGGGGCGAGCCUCUUUCUCAAGCUGCACAAUCAUUUAUGCCUGAGUUGAUGUACGGGGUCAAUCGAAGUUUGGAAAAGGCUCGAACUAUGCUGAAAUCACUGGCUAUCAUUGGAACAAUCCUUGGAUUGGCAUUAGGGAUUAUUGGAACAUCUGUUCCCUGGUUUUUCCCCAGCAUCUUCACACAUGAUCAGAAGAUCAUACAGGAGAUGCACAAAGUGCUCAUACCAUACUUUCUUGCGUUAGCUGUGACUCCCUGUAUUCUUAGCCUUGAGGGAACAUUGCUGGCUGGACGGGAUCUUAAAUUUAUUAGCUUGGCAAUGAGUGGAUGCUUUUUUACGGGUGCACUAUUGCUUUUGCUUGUGAGCAGCAGAGGAUACGGUCUGCCAGGCUACUGGUUUGCACUUGUAGGAUUUCAAUGGGGUCGAUUUUUUAUCGCCCUCCAACGCCUUCUUUCCCCUGACGGCAUACUUUUCUCGGAAGAUUUGAGCCAGCAUGAGCUGAAGGAGCUGAAAGCAGCUUAGUUUCAGAAUCCACAAACUUUCCACGUAGAGCGAAGUUCAUGAUAUCGUCGGGACCAAAAUCCCAUGCUUCUCAUCUAGCUAAGUAAACAAAUUACCACAACAUUGCAAGAUGUUUUUUGUCCAUGCCACCGGCUGUCAAGUAUCAUUAUCGUUUAAAGCCUCAAUUUAGGCUAAGAUCUAAGCUAUUCCGGCUCCAGCUGUAAAAAUGUUCUUCAAUAUAAGGGGCGUUAGCUACAUCCAUUCAAGUUUUA